CCUGACACGGUUGUUGUUGCUUUCUUGGAUUAUUUGCAGGCCGAGGUCGAAAACUUGAUGUGUUUGUGCGAGCGUUUCAUCGGCGACAACAUCGACAAAUUUUCAAGGCAGGGUAUCCGGCUGCAGGUAAUCGGCGACGCCUCAAAGAUGCCGGGUUCUCUGCGGCGCGCCGCCGCGGAAGCCGACGAGGCCACGAGGCACAAUUCGCAGCUGCACGUGAUGCUAGGGCUCUGCUACAGCGGGAGGUGGGACUUUGCCCAGGCGUGCCAAGAGCUCGCCCGGGCGGCGCGGGCGAACGAACUCAGCCCCGACGACAUCCAUGAGUCGCUCCUCGCUGGCAGGCUCGCGACCAGCGCCGCUGGCGAGUUCUCCUAUGCCGACCUGGUCAUCAGGACCGGCGGUGAGCUGCGGCGGAGCAACACUACCGGACUCGGGUUGUUUGCCGAGUGUCAAGAACACUCGGCAAAGGCCCUAUUGCACUCGGCAUAAGGUUUGCCGGGUGUCGCACUCGGCAAAGAGCUCUCGGCAAACAAAGUGACGGCAAAACCGGCUUUGCCGAGUGCUUUUUGUCGGGCACUCGGCAAAGAUUGUGCCGUGUGCAUUUUGACACUCGGCAAAAAAAUA